GGGGAGCAGAUGUGGCCUCACAGCUGCUCCGUGGGGGUUCCCCGUGGGGGGUUCUGGCCCAGAGCCCACGGUCACUGCCCUGCCCUGUGUCAUCACAAUCCAUCAACAGAGUGUCACACCCUCAAGUCCACUUUGACCCAGAUGGGCAGCCUGCCCACUUGGCCCUCCAGACAGCCUCGUUCCAGAAACCAGCCCUCACCCCAAACUCCUUCCCCGCCUCCCACCACCAGCCCCCCAGGCCAGGGAGGACAGAGGGCCCGGCCGGGGGGUCAGUGGGCCUGAAGUCACCCCCCACACCAACGCUGCCCCAAGAGAGCCCCCGGGUGGGCAGCAGAGGCCAGUGUGACUGUUGCAGCUCACGCCCCGCCCUCCAUCCCCUGCUCCCAGACCAUGAACUUCCAGGUAUCAGGCCUGGGCCUGGACAACAUGAAGCUGGACUGUCCCCAGUCCUUCCUGGACCAGGAGGAGGAGGCCGAGGAGGCCGAGGAUCAGCAGCUGCUGGAGCCGGAGGCCUGGCGCACCUACGUGGAGCGGCGCAACGCUCUGCGCGAGUUCCUGACCUCGGACCUGAGCCCCCACCUGCUCAGGCGCCACCACGCCCGCAUGGACCUCCUCCGCAAGUGCUCCUACUACAUCGAGAUCCUCCCCAAGCACCUGGCUCUGGGCGACCAGAACCCGCUGGUGCUGCCCUCUGCCAUGUUCCAGCUCAUCGACCCCUGGAAGUUCCAGCGCAUGAAGAAGCUGGGCACCGCCCAGACCAAGAUCCAGCUUCUGCUGCUCGGGGACCUGCUGGAGCAGCUGGACCACGGCCGCUCCGAGCUGGACGCCCUGCUGGAGUCGCCCGACCCGCGGCCCUUCCUGGCGGGCUGGGGGCUGGUGGAGCAGCGGCUGGCGGACCUGGCGGCCGUCAUGGACAGCUUCCUCGCCAUGAUGGUGCCAGGGCGCCUGCAUAUCAAGCACCGCCUGGUGUCUGACGUUGGCGCCGCCAAGGUCCCGCACAUCCGGCUCAUGCUGAGCACCAAGAUGCCCGUCGUGUUUGACCGCAAGGCCUCGGUGGCCCACCAGGACUGGGUCAGCCUGCGCUGGUUUGUCACCAUCCAGCCGGCCGCGGCAGAGCAGUUCGAGCUGCGCUUCAAGCUGCUGGACCCGCGGACCCAGCAGGAGCGGACACAGUGCGGGGCCAUCCCCGUGGCCGCCUGCACCGUCGCCGUCCGAAACCUGCUGCCCAACCGCUCCUACAGGUUCACCGUCAAGAGGGCGGAGAGCUACACGCUGGUCUACGAGCCCUGGCGGGACAGCCUCACCCUGCAGACCCGGCCAGGGCCUCCCGAAGGGCCCGCUCCCGGCCGGCUGGGCAAGCUCAGCCCACCCCUGCCCACACCUUCCGAGAGAUGAUUUUCUAAUAUUUAUCCACUAAUAAAGAGGAGUAUAAACGCACACACACAAUUAAAGAAACAAACCUGCUUACGUUCGAAAGGCGGCAGCAGCCACGUGAGUGUCUUUCCUGACGCAGCCCCAGGCCCCCCCACUCCUGCUCCCUUCUGCGGGGGGAGCCCCCGCUGGCCGCUCCAGGAGCCCAAAACCCUGGAGCGAGAAGUCUCAGCCCUGGCAUGGGGCUGCCACCACCAGGAUGGGAGCGGCACCAAGGCUCUGCCCCCCACCCCCUGC